AUGAUCUGCCAGCAACCAACAACAACAACAACAAUCAACUUCAACAACCAACAGCGAUCAUCCCGGCAACAAUCAACUUCAACAAUCAACAGCGAUGAUCCUGCCAGCAACCAACAACAACAAUCAACAACUUCAGCGAUCAACCAACAGCGAUCAUCCGGCAACAACAGCGAUCAUCCGGCAAUCAAACUUGCCAGCAACCAACAACAACAACAAUCAACUUCAACAACCAACAUGAUCAUCCCGGCAACAAUCAACUCAACAAUCCAAUCAACAGCAUCAACAACAAACAAAUCAACAACAAUCAACAACCAACAGCGAUCAUCCCGGCAACAAUCAACUUCAACAAUCAACAGCGAUGAUCCUGCCAGCAACCAACCAACAACAACAACAACAAUCAACUUCAACAACCAACAGCGAUCAUCCCGGCAACAAUCAACUUCGACAAUCAACAGCGAUGAUCCUGCCAGCAACCAACAACAACAACAACAAUCAACUUCAACAACCAACAGCGAUCAUCCCGGAUCGACAAUCAACCUGCUGCAACCAACAACAACAACAAUCAACUUCAACAACCAACAGCGAUCAUCCCGGCAACAACGAUGA